AUGGCUUUUAUUACUUAUCUAUACCUCUUUUCACAUCUAUCUAUCUUUUUUAUAUCUGUCUUUUCACAUCUGUUUUAUAUCUAUCUACUCCACUAUCUCUUUUCAUAUGUAUCUUUUUUUCCAUAUCCCUUUACCUCUUUACAUGUCGAGCCAGUUAUCUACCUCUUUUCAUGUCUAGCCAGUUAUCUACCUCUUUUCAUGUCUAGCCAGUUAUCUACCUCUUUUCACGUCUAUCUCUUUUCAUAUCGCUCUCAUUUAAUAUAUAUCUUUUUAUUAACAUCUUUCCUUAUUUGUCUCGUUUUAUAUCUAUCAUCUUUCAUGUAUACCUAUCUCUCUUUUGAUAUCCAUUCAUUUACUAAUUUUUACCUUUUCCUUUAUUCAUCUCUUUUCAUAUCGAUCUCUCUCUUUUCAUAUCUAUCUAUUGAUGUGUUUAUCUCUUUUCAUAUAUAUCUAUUUCUAUCUCUUUUCUUAUGUAUCUCUUCAUAUCUCUCUAAGACUUCUCAUAUUCAUCUAUUUUUAACAAUUAUUUUGAUCUGUUACAAAAAAUCUACAUUAUCAUCUGUUAUCCUUUUUCUAACUAUCUAUCUUUGUUCAUUAUCUAUCUAUAUAUCUAUCUUCAUUAUCUAUCUAUAUAUCUAUCUUCAUUAUCUAUGUUCAUUAUCUAUCUAUAUAUCUAUCUUCAUUAUCUAUCUAUAUAUCUAUCUUCAUUAUCUAUCUAUAUAUCUAUCUUCAUUAUCUAUCUAUAUAUCUAUCUUCAUUAUCUAUCUAUCUUCAUUAUCUAUCUAUCUUCAUUAUCUAUCUAUCUAUCUUCAUUAUCUAUCUAUCUAUCUCCGUUCAUUAUAUAUCUCACUAGGAAUGUAUGAAUAA